UCGACUGUUGUGUGAUGUGAAGAUGGCAGGCCCGGAGCACCAGCCGCACUUUUCUCUGUGUUUCUGUGAUUUCAUGAGGCUGCUGUGGUCCCUGGUUGUACCCUGCGCCUACCUUAGCCUGGUCCUGACCCUCGUCCUGCUGCUGCUCCUGCUGGGGGUCCGCAUGUGGCUGCAGGGCCGCCGCAAGGCCCGCCGGACCCAGGACGGCGGCCCCGCGGUGGCCUUCUUCCACCCGUACUGCAACGCCGGAGGAGGCGGGGAGCGGGUCCUCUGGUGCUCCCUGAGGGCCCUCAUGCACCGAUACCCCGGCGUCUCCUUUGUGGUUUACACGGGCGACCAGGGCGUGACGGGCGAGCAGAUUGUGGAAGGGGCCCGACGGCGUUUCAACAUCACGCUGCCUCGACCGGUCGCCUUCGUCUUCCUGCGUCACCGCGUGCUGGUGGAGGCCAGUUCUUACCCUCACUUCACCCUGCUGGGACAGAGCGCCGGCUCCAUGUUUCUCGGCUGGGAGGCGCUCACGGCAUUCGUUCCUGACCUGUACGUGGACUCGAUGGGCUACGCCUUCACUCUGCCCAUCUUCCGCUACCUGGCAGGCUGUAAGGUGGCGAGCUACGUUCACUAUCCCACCGUCAGCACCGACAUGCUGUCUGUGGUCCGAGAGAGGAACCCCAGAUUCAACAACGCAGACUUCAUCUCCAGGAACCCCGUGCUGAGCGCGGUCAAGGUGGUGUACUACUGCUGCUUCGCUCUGCUGUACGGACUGGCCGGCUCCUGCAGCGACGUCAUCAUGGUGAACUCCACCUGGACGCUGGGACACAUCUUGGCUCUGUGGCGCUCCCCGAGCCGCACCUGCGUGGUCUACCCGCCCUGCGACGUCAGGGCCUUCCUGGACGUCCCGCUGGAAGAGGAAGAUGAAGACGAGGCGGAGGAGGGCUGGGAGGAGCUCGGGCGGGAGCUGGGGAGCGGAGAGGAAGGGAAUGGAGGAGCGGGAGGGGACAGGAAGUGCCACUCCAUCGUGUCGGUGGGUCAGUUCAGGCCGGAGAAGGACCACCGGCUGCAGAUCAGAGCGUUUCGCAGGCUGCUGGACAGGAAGGCGGAGGGGCCCGGGGGGCGGGAGUCGCUGCGGUUGGUGUUGAUCGGCGGGUGCAGGAACCAGGAGGACGAGGAGAGGGUGCUGAUGCUGCGGGGGCUCUGCCAGGAGCUGGACGUGUCCGACCGCGUCCACUUCAAACUCAACGUGCCGUUUGAGGAGCUGAAGAGAGAACUGGUGGACGCCACCAUCGGUCUGCACACCAUGUGGAACGAGCACUUUGGAAUAGGUGUGGUGGAGUGCAUGGCUGCAGGCACCAUCGUUCUGGCUCAUAAGUCCGGAGGUCCAAAGCUGGACAUCGUGGUGCCGUACGAAGGAGGACGGACGGGCUUCCUGGCCGACACCGAGGACGGCUACGCCGCUGCCAUGGAGACCAUCCUGUCGCUGUCCCCGACGGCCAGACUGGAGAUCCGACGUAACGGCCGGCGCUCUGUGGAGCGAUUCUCCGACCAGGAGUUUGAGGAUAGCUUCCUCGCUGCCACGGAGUCUCUGAUGAGUAAACUGGAGCGAUGAGGAAGAGCAGACGAGGCUCGGUGUCCACCAGGGACCAGGACUUUAUCUGUCAUGGGGUUUUUUAUUAGUGCCACACAGGUACACGGGGUGAAGAGUGAGGGUCGUAUCUACGUUUAAAACAAGCUGAGCUUCCAGCGCUGCUAGAAAAGAGUGACACGAAGCGUCCUUCAUUUAAAAUAAUAUAAAGGAGAGGACUUCCUGGUGGACACAGAUCUCAAACUGUCCUUCUAAUCCACCGAGAUGAACAAGCAGAAUCAGUCAUACGGGACAUUUGUGUCAAACUCAUGUGAGUGUCAGUUCAGGUGUUUUCAGGGGUAGAAGACAGAGUUUGUGGCAUCUGGAAGGAGCUGGAAGCGACACCAGCAGACGUCUGUGAGCUCUCCCUCCACAGAGCUCAGACCUGUUGAGCUUUAACAUCAGUUCCAGUGAGGCAGGUGGAGAAUCAGGUGAGCAGCACGUACAGUCGCAUCGUGGUCAUCAAACUGCUGACGUCUCGGGCUUCACGAGGCUUUUUCCCAGAAGGAGGUUGGAUUGAAGUGGACAUGCUGCGAGAUUUUGGGAAUAGCUUGUUUGUCUUCUUAGCUGGUGUUCGAUGAGAAUAUUAUCCUUAAUUUCAUGUCUCAGUCCAGGAACUGCAGAGCCUAGCUUAGCACAGAGGCUAAAGGCAGAAGAACCUGCUAGCCUGUAUGAAAACAAGACAACAGCUUCCUGUUUUUGUGUUCGUCUGAUAUACAUGAAAGCUAAUAGCUAACACAUCCACGAGAGAGGAAACAUGAUGGAAAGCAGACAAUUCUGUUAGUUUCAUGUGAGGAAGGUUACAGCCUCCUCAUCCUCCACACACAACUGAUGGUGUGUGUCCAGUGAAGCUGAAACUUCAGGUGAACAGGAACCUGCUGAGACCUGGACUUCAUACAGCCUGGAGGACCAACAGCUGCUGUCCAGAACUCAGUCCAGCCCGUCAGCUUCACCGUCAUGUCACAUGUAAAUCAGACAGCUAGCUAUGCUAGGCUAGUGGUGUACCCCUGCUUCCAGUCUUUGUGCUAAGCUAACAUGCUGGACUCACGGUACAGAAAUGAAGCUAAUAUGAAUUUUGUCAUUUGAUUCUGAUUAGGAUUAGGAUUAGAUUACUUGAAGACCAUAAAGGUGUUUAAAUAAAGUUACGUUCCAGACAGACAGACGGACGUGUUAAUGUGACGCCGCCGACAGCCAGUAAAUGUGUGAGAGAGAGCGAAGAGUUAAAUGAAGACGCUGUCACUAAACCACGAGUCUGUGUUCAGAUGUUGUUUCACUUCCUGCAUUCCUGUUUGUCAUGAGGUCCAGCCAUGGAAAUAUUAAAGAAGCUUUAUUUUGAAAUCCGUC